AUGGGAAACCUUUGGUCUGUCGUCUCUCAUAUGUUUACGUCAUCACCGAAAUGGGCGACAAUAGACAUUCCCGAUCUGUCUGGGAAGGUCAUGAUUGCAACAGGUGGCAAUUCGGGUGUCGGGAAAGAGAUAAUCAAGGCCCUACUUGAGCAUAACGCAAAGGUGUACAUGGCCUCUAGAAGCCCUGACAGGGCUCAAGGUGCUAUACAACAGUUGAGAGACGAGACUGGGAAGGAAGCCUUGUAUCUUCACCUCGACCUGGCCGAUCUGACCAGUGUUCGCAAGAGCGCUGAAGAAUUCCUGUCUAAAGAGACAGAACUUCAUGUUUUGUUCAAUAACGCCGCUGUGAUGGCCUGUCCUGUCGAUGAGCUCACGAAGCAAGGAUAUGAUAUGCAAAUCGGAUCCAAUGUCCUAGGUCACUUUUUGUUCACGGAGCUUUUGAUGCCAGCACUUUUGAACAAGAAAGCGCGCGUAGUCACGACAUCAUCAUCGGGUGCCUAUCUCUUACGUGCGAACGUCAUCGUUGCCCGUGAAUUGGCGAGGCGGUAUGGCGAUAAGGGAAUCGUCUCGAUAUCUGUGAAUCCAGGCAAUCUCAAUACUAACCUUCAGAAAUAUCUCGUCGGUGUCCAAAAAUGGAUCAUCGUGAAACGCCUUUUGUAUCCGGCUCAUUAUGGCGCUCUUACCCAGCUCUGUGCAGGUACUUCACCAGCUACAGUGGACUAUAACGGAAAGUUUUUGAUUUCAUGGGCUCGUCUCGGCGAGGCUCCUGCGGUAAGCGGUGAUCCGCACUCCGGGAAGAAGCUUUGGGAGUGGCUGGACCAGCAGUGCAGCGGCUUCUACAUAGGAUGA